CCCAGAUGGAGAGGAAACCGAGCACUGGUCACGUAAAAAUGAAGAUGAAGACUCUCUUGGUUUUCUCACUGAUACUUAUGUCAUGCUGUCCCUGCAGGACACAAAAAAAAGAUAUCUUGCUUCAAGCUCCAUAUGUUGAGAGCGGGGAGGAUACGGCUGAGACUGAGGGAGGUGAAGAGGAGCGGAUAUUUCACGAUAUCUGGGCAGAGCUGAGGAAGCUGAGAGACAUGUCGGUGGAGCAAAAAGUAGAGCUGAGGCACCUUCUGGCCAGAGUAACAGCUGCUGAGAGCCUGGUGGAAGCCUUGCAGAAGGAGAAUAGAGACAUGGAGGUCAGGAUGAGUGCUGCUGAGAGCUUAGCAGAAGGGCUGCAGAUGGAGAGUGACGCUCAAAGUACUGAACUUGCAGUCGCUCAGCAGAUGCUCAGCACUCUGCAGCAAAGACUGACAGACAGUGAACGCCACAUUGAGGAGCUGGAGAAACAACAGGAAGGACAAAAGGCGAUAGUGCAGGAGGUUCAAGACACCAACAGAGUGAGAAAACUGGCUUUUUCUGCCUCCCUCCUGGCGUCUGGAGAAGGUAACACAAGCAGCGAAGAGUUUGUUCCACUCAUCUACAGAAAUGUAUUUACCAACACUGGAAACCACUACAACUCAAACACAGGUUACUUCACUGCACCAGUUAGAGGAGUGUAUUAUUUCAGAUUUACUGGCCAUCUAGCAGAUACUGAUAGGGGUACAAGGAUGAGAAUUGUCAAGAACGGACAUGCCAUGGUUUUCACAGGGGACCGUCUCACCACAUCCGCAGAUGCUGAGGACAGUAUUUCCAAUGGUGUAGUGUUGCAGUUAGAGGUGGGAGAUGUUGUGUCAGUACAAAUUUCUGGAGAUGUUUGGGAUGACCAGUACCACAGGACAACCUUUAGUGGCUUUCUGCUAUUUCCUUUGUAAGAUAUUACAAUUGGCAACACGAGAGCUACUGUCAAGGCCCGAUUAGUGUCAGGUUCAACAAUGAUGACUUUUUGUACCAUAUAACAGGAUUUAUGAAAAUAAAAAUAACAAAAUACAA